AUGGUGCCGAUGACCGAGAACUUACAGGCGAUCGCACAGCACAAGGGCAGCAUCUCGGUCGUCGCUGUCGUGGGCCCGUACCACUCGGGGAAGAGUUUCUUGCUCAACGCCUUGGUUGAACAGGCAAAGGUCUUCUCCAUCGGCCGCAAGACGUCUCCAGAGACAAUGGGCAUUUGGCUCUGCCGCACAUCGAUGAAAGCUAGCGAUGGUUCAGAGGUGUGGCUCAUGGACUCGGAGGGGUUCUUCGGACCUGGAGUGUCGGAGAGCUACGACGCCAAAGUCUUCACCAUAGCCUCGCUGAUCGGCGCCCACCUGGUGUACAACACCGUGAAGAUCAUCGACCAGCAGGCCGUCAACCUGCUGGAGAUGCUCGCGAGGCGAGCGCAGCUCUUCCGCACCAAGAGCUCCGCAGAGCAGAGCAACGUGGGCGUGCAGACUCCAGAGUUCCUCAGCGUCCGGAACUUUCCUCCGCUGACGUGGGUCGUGGAGGAUUCGACUUCAUCCAGGAGCUGCCAGACAAGUACCAGCACGUAG